AUGAGUGAAGGGAAGGUAUCGAAAACGAGUGUGCUACUGCUGAUUUAUGAAAUUAUAAAAACGAAUAUUGAAAUUUUGCAAAAUAGUGACAUCGAGUUAAGCAGCAUUAAUACUGAGGAUGAUUACCAUUUUCAAAAUGAGUUGAAUGAAAAAAGAAUGCCUUAUGGUGAGGAAGAAGAAAAAGGAAAAAUGCCACAAAAAAAAAAAAGUACAGAUGUCACUUCUAAUGAGGAAAUUCUCACUCAUGCAAGUCGCAACAUGAAUGACAGUAAGAAUUGUUACACAGAUGGGUAUGCUAAUAGGAACGUGCAUAAUAACUUUAAUAACAUCUGUAGUGCUAGUGAACAAAAUGGAAAAAUUAGCCAGAAGUUGAUACAUUUAAAUAACAAGAACGAAGAAAAAACAAUAGCAAAUGUAUUGUCAACCAAAUUAAAAGAUAUGGGAAAAAAUAUAGGUAUGAAACUAAUAGAACGUGUGCUAAUUUAUAAAAAUGAUCUGAGUGAUGUCAAAGAUAUAAUAAAAUUAAUUGGAAGAGAUGUGUGGAAUAUCUUAUUUAAUAAAAAUGCUGAUAACAUCCAGACAUUUAAAAAGGGAGUAUAUAUUAUUACAGAAAAUGAUAUAGGUAUUUAUGUAAAACAUGUACUUCUCGACAAUGAGACGAAUCAGAAAUCUAACUUUAUUCAUUAUGUCUUAAUGUUAAUUAUUGGUAUUAUUACAGGUAUACUGAAGAGGUUCUCCAUAAAUAGCUAUGUUACGCACACCCUGGACUAUCCCACGUGUAUGCAACUCAGAAAAGGAAAAAAAAAAAAAAAAAAAAAAAAAAAAAAAAAAAAAAGGAAACCGAAUUGA